CCUGGCGAGAGGAAGUGGUUUUGGUGUCCUUCUUGGGAAUACCUAACUACUACCUCUACCACCACCACCACACUUCAGUCUCACUUGUCAACAACAUAACGAGUAACGACCUAAGCGCGCCCGGCCCCGUCAGCCAUGCCCCAGCAGCCCUACGCCGUCGACUCCGUUCAUGUUCAAGUCCGAUGAAGGCAUUGCUGCGCAUGCAUGCCUUGCUGCCCUCUGUAUCCGUCCAUUCUCCAGCCAGCCAGCUCCAGUUCCCAGUUAGCUUCCGUCUAGACUGAGUGUACCUAGCUGUUCGAUUCUCCCACCUACGCCUACGCCUAACACGCCUACGCCUCGCUUCACCACUUCAGCCUUGCCAGACAUCGACUCUUUCCUCCCAUAAUCUCCGAGUCGAUCUGCGGUCGACCCUCGUUGCGCCAUAACCAAUGUCUUGGGACUUGUUAAAGCGGUUCCUCGAGAGCGACGUCUUCAACCAAAACCCCUUUCUCUCCGUCUCCUACCUCUCACGAUAUGCCGACCACAUAGGAAUUCACUAUGUGCUGUGCAGCAAGCUGCGCCAGUUCCCCUACGAGGACAUCGAGUUCUUCCUCCCUCAGCUAUGUCACCUUAUCAUCAGCAUCGACAAUGAGUCCAUGGCCCUGGAGGAGUUUCUCCUCGAUCUAUGCGAGGAGUCGGUCACAGCAGCCUUGUUGACUUUCUGGCUCUUCCAAACAUACCUACACGACCUAUCCUCUAAUCCACAGGCCAAUGCCUUCAAAACAUGCCAGAGAGUGUACAACAAGGUGCAGCAUAUUGUCUUUGGCGUCUCCGACAGUGCAAGGAACGAGAAGAUUACGGAAAACGCUUUGCCGGUGACUGUCCUAGGGAGCUUCGUUCUCGCCAGUAUCGCCGCCCCGUUUCUCCCCCAUUGGGCUGGCCCGCUGGCCGUCGCGCAAGCCAGAAAGCCCCGCCCUCAAGUCAUCGAACCUGUGUCGGACGCUACUCCCGUCAACGCCGCCCCACCUACUCGCGCGCACACCGUCACUGCUGGUACAACAAAAUCGAGACGGGCAAAGGAGGCCCGCCUGACAAGCUCGUCGGACCAUCAGCUCCAGAGCAACAGCCCGGUGGCGCAUCGCCCCAAGCCCAAGAUCAAGGAACCUCAGCCUGACUCCCGGCCGACGUCUUCGGGGUCUUCUAUCAAAACGCCGGUAGAGUCUAAGCGACCUACUCCUUUCGAUUCCAACGUCUUGGAGGCACGCCUUAGUUCAUCUUCGCUGCCUCUACCAACGUCGAAUGCCAAUUCUCCAGGUCUUGUACACAGGCCGACCACUCCGGCCCUGCGGCCAACGACUGGAGUGAACAGGAGGCACUCCCACCAUGUCAAGACGCUCUUGAACCAAGCGGACAUGAGCCGCACACAAAAAAUGCGGCUACUAAAACAAAACUACUUCCACUGCCAAACGGCAUUCCUGACCGCACUGGAGGAUAUUUCAAAUCGACUGGUAAUAGUACCAAAGGCUGCACGCCUAAGUGCCCUACGCGCUGAGCUGGCUUUAAUCGCUCAAGAACUCCCGGCCGAGGUCGAUAUCCCAGUCAUCUGCCCUCCUACUUUGGUCAACGGCUCUCCUUCGCAAAGCCGACAUCACAGGAUAGUCCGUCUCAAUCCGGCUGAGGCCACGGUACUGAACAGUGCUGAGAAAGUGCCGUUCCUGCUUAUGGUUGAGAUUUUGAGGGAAGAUCUCACAUUUGACCCGGAUUCUCAAGAUAACCAGAGACUUCUGACACAGCUUUUGGCCGAACAAGGAACCAGGAGGCGGAUUUUUGACCUUUCCGAGUCUUCUAGGAUACCAGCCACGCCCCGUUCUCAGGAGCCCGUCAUCGAUAGUGUUUUUGAGCCUUCCUCGGGGGAUCUAGGGCACUCGCCACUAAUAAAACCGUUCAACGACGAGCCCUUUGCCAUACAGCAUAACCCCGUUCCUGGCGGUCUCCGUCAUGCUGCCACUACUGGGACCAGCUCGACACAAUUCGUUGACCUGACGUCAACGCCUCGCAGUUCUGGCACUUCGGGAUCCUCUACCCCACCUUUCAGGAGGAUGACCCUCCAAAGUCCGCGCAACAACGCGGCCGACCAACCUGAUUUUUCUGCCCUUGCCAUCCAUAUGCGGACAGCCUCGCAAAUGUUGGCGCAGUUGGAUGCAACAAGUGGCAAGCGGCCGCGUCAUGAAGUGGCCGCAAUCAGGGCAAAGAUUAUUGCCAGCAUGCAGAGUCUGGAAGAGGAGAGUUUUGAAGUCCAUGAUAGCCAAGGGCCGACCUUUGACAUGAUUAUGGCCAAGGCCAGUGCAGAAAACGUUAUCAACGGCAAUGUCGCCACGGACGAAGAAAUCGAGGCUCCCCUGGAGAAGGUCGAGUCUAACGUGAAUCCGAACGCCGGUCUAGCAAGGAUGGAGAACGAUAUCAAGACAGGCGGUCUCCAGCGUAAGGGCGAUCGUGAUGAUCCCAGCGCUGCCGUCUUUGGAGAAGCUUGGGAGAUGAAGAAGGAGCGUAUCCGCAAGUCUUCUCCCUACGGCUGGAUGAAGAACUGGGAUCUGGUUAGCGUCAUCGUGAAAACGGGUGCGGAUCUCCGUCAGGAGGCAUUUGCCUGCCAGCUGAUCCGCGUGUGCCACAAGAUCUGGGUAGAGCACAACGUGCCCGUCUGGGUGAAGCUCAUGCGCAUUCUCGUUACGGGCGAAUCAUGCGGUCUGAUAGAGACCAUUGCCAACGGCGUAUCUCUGCACUCGAUCAAGCGCAGCCUGACACUGGCUACGGUCGAGUCCGGUCAAAACCCUAGGAGGAGGAUCGCGACGCUCAAGGACCAUUUCGUCAAGGCGUUCGGUUUGCCUGAGAGCCAGGCGUACAGGUCGGCUGUGGACGCGUUCAAGAGGUCGCUGGCGGCGUAUAGCAUCAUCUCAUAUGUGCUUCAGCUGAAGGAUAGGCACAACGGUAACGUCCUUAUCGAUAAUGAGGGGCACAUCAUUCACAUUGACUUUGGCUUCAUGCUGUCAAACUCGCCCGGUUCGGUUGGGUUCGAGGCGGCGCCGUUCAAGUUUACAUAUGAAUAUCUGGAUGUGCUGGGUGGCGUGGACUCGCAGGAUUUUGCAGACUUUAAGCAACUCUGCAAACAGGCUUUCCAGGCACUCCGUCGUUCAGCAGACAACAUCAUCGACCUCGUGGCCAUGAUGGGUCGAGAAUCCAAGAUGCCUUGCUUCGGCGCGGGCAUCUCGCAGGUAACGACCUCGCUCAGGGCAAGGUUCCAGCUGCAGCUGAGCAAAGACGAGGCGGAACAAUUUGUGGAGACAGAUCUAAUUGCCAAGUCGUUGGGAAGUUAUUAUACGCGACUUUACGACACUUUCCAGUAUAGAACACAGGGUAUCUACUAGACAGAUUUGAAGGAUCUACAAGGGCGAUUAGUCCCGUGUAUGGGAUAUAUCACCUGAAACAGAAGAUGCGAAUGGGGAGGAGGGACGGAAGAAAUUUAGAGAGGAAUGAAUGGAAAGGUCGGAUGAAAGAACGUAUGGGUCGGUAAUGGGAUGAAUGGAGACAACAAGGUGGAAAUACCCCUUCGUUUUGUAUGAAUGAGGGCAUGGGAGGAUCUAAACGUAUAUAUCACACGGUGUGUUCCCGAUGUCAAGGCUCGGCAAACUCCAUAACGGAAGAAGGCGAAGAGCGGAGAAGAAGUGUCGAAUUUUGGAAGGGAAAGUUCAAUCAAUUCAAGAAAGGGCAUCUCGGCGGCGUUCAUAAUGGGUACCAUAGAGGCUUUAUGGAUUAUGAUAGUGUCUUAUCAUACUAGUUACUAUUCUAUAAGCGGCA